AUGGUGUCCACACCGGCGUCAUCACCUUUCGCCCGAGCGAGCGCGCUGCUCAAGAGUGGAAAACCUACCGCGUUCACAAGCUCGGACAGCGUCUUGGUCUCAUCAUCGCAAGCCACUCCCAUCCUCCUCUCCUUGCUCAUCGUUGCCACCUCUUACCUGGCCUGGCAGCUCUUCGCACCGGUGAAGAACGCUCGCAUAAAAGGUUCAAGCAUCCGAACCUUGGCAGCCUCCAUUCCGCGUCUAGGGCAAGUGGCCUUUUACAAAACGCGAGAGUCUUUUCUGUACAGGGUGCUCGGUAGGCCCGAAGAGGCUCUCGAUGCGCAAGCCUAUCACCCUUCGGCAGUGAGAUUCAACGUCGGUCAACACAACAUCAUCGUCAGUGGAGACCACCAGGACGCAUCGACUUUCUUCAACACUCGAGCUCUGAGCUUCACAAAAGGUUACUCUGUCCUCUUUGGCGGCACUCCCAAGGACCCCGACACCGAGCCGGAAGUUGCAGCUAGAAACAGAGCUCAAGAUGACAAGUACAUGGUCUUUUUUGACAAGAAUCUCAAGCAGGCCAUCAGAGGCGAGAGGCUAGCUGAUCUGACGCCCGACAUGGUCGAGGACUGCUUGAAAGACUACGAGCACUUUUUCGCCAACAAUACGGGCAACGGCAAGCUGGACCCGCACAUGGAUGUCUAUCCCUUGAUUUUCCAACUGAGCGUGCGCACUGUCGGGCUCGCAGAGCACGCAAGCAAUGCAGCGGCAGCUAGGGAGAUGUACGAUGCCUACUGGUCUAUUGAGAGGGAAACCAAUUACUGGUCGACGCUCUGGCCCAAUUUGCCCCUGCGUUCCAACCACAAGCGCAAAGAAAACUCCAAGAAGCUCUUCACGAUGAUUCAUGAAGCCAUCACCAAGAGAAUCGAGGACAAGAGAUCUGAAGACGAUCAGGUUCAGCGUAUGAUUGAUGAUGAGACCUCAACGAUCGACAUUGUCAGGUGGUGUGUGGGCAGCCUGUUCGCAGCGUAAGUUGAUGGAAUAACCGCUGGAGCCUGCUAUGUCCUCGCCAGAGCUCACGAGAUUUCCGCCCUGCACUCUCCGAUCGCAGCGUGGUAAACUCAUCGAGCAUGUCGGCAUGGCUGCUGAUCUUUGUUGGAGCUCAACCCGAGCUGCGCCAAAGAGUCAAGCAAGAGAUUGUAGAGACUUUGAGAAAAGGCGCAGAGGAGCGCGGGGACGACUACGAGUCAUUGCCCACAUUGGAGGCACUUCGUCGUGUGCCGCUGGAACAAUGGGAAGGCACAGCCAGCAGCGUAGCAGAUCGCAAGAAUGGAAGCGGCGCAUUCCCUCUUCUGCACGCUUGUCUGAAGGAGACCAUGAGGCACGUCCUAAGAGGAACCUUUUUCCGCUACUUUGCCGGACAAAACGAGUCGGACAAGUUUGCCAACUCCAAAGUGCAGAUUGGCGGCCACGACGUCAAUUCGGGAGACUUUUUGGCUUAUUGGAUUGCUGGGACUCAUCAGAAUUCUAGAAUUUACCGCGAUCCUCAACGCUUUGAUCCGGAUCGAUUUGCCAUCAGGAAGGAAGGGAAUGGUCCGCUCGAGUUCAUCGGCUGGGGUGCUAGGUGAGCUUGACGUGAUUUGUGUGCGCGUCUGUGCGAGGGCUAUGCCUCUGACUCUUGCGUCCCGCUCUCUUCUCGAUUUUCCCAGUCACCACGUGUGCGGGGGUCGCAGAUUUGCCCAGCUAGAAAUCAUCAUUGUCGUAGCGACCUUUUUGAUGUGCUUCGACUACGAGACGGUGGACCUGCAGGGCAGGCCUUACUCCGCAGAGACUUGCCCCUCGGCGGACACGGACAAUAAUUGGAGAGGACCCAGCAAGCCAGUCCGACUGUCGUACCGUCGUGCGGCCGACUUCAAGGCCUGA